AUGCCUCUUGGAGGCGGAUCGGAUGGGUCAACCGCCCAUUGCUUGGAACAGGCGCACAUGAUUAUCUUCUUUCUCAACAAGAAUGUUAAUGACACAGGCUUAGCCAUCGCGCAGUUUCAAACUAUUCGCCUGUUUGGUGGCCUUGUCGGCCUCACUAUCUCUUCAUCCAUUUUCAACAAUGUUUUCCCGAAGACAAUUACUCAUACUACAGUUCAGUUGACGGGGGUCUUGGCACCUCUGAAAGAUGCCUCCAACGCCGUCAACUUCGAUGGGCUAGGAAAAUCAGGGACUAGAAUGGUCACAAAUCGCUGA